UCGUACUUAGGCUGUCAAUGUCAACUGUCAGUUCCAGAAAAAACUAUUUUUGUCGAAUGCGGUGCUAGAAAUUUCCAAACAUUCGUUGCCCACGGGAGAGAUUAAAAAUCCCAAACAUGACUGAUACAGCAGAAAAUAUCAGUACAGUUAAGCCAAAAAUCAAGCAUGACUGGUACCAGACAGAUGCGCAGGUGGUUGUCACCAUUUUACUAAAGAAUGCACCCGCUGACAAGGUGAAAGUGCAUUAUGGAGACCGCAGUCUCUCAGUGUCCGCCCCUCUACCAAACACAGACGCCGAAUACAGUCUAGAAUUAGAACUAGCACACGAGGUUAUUCCUUCCAUGAGCACCCACGCAGUAUCACCGUCCAAGAUAGAAGUGAAGUUAAGAAAGAAAGAGGGUCUGCGAUGGGCGAAGUUGGAAGGAGAGGGGAAUGAAGAAAAAAUAAAGGCUAUCCCACAGGCCGUCAUAGAUGCUUCCGGGCCUCCUGCGCCACCGAAAAUAUAUAAAAAGGACUGGGAUAAGAUAGAGAAAGAGAUUAAGAAAAUGGAGGAAGAGGAAAAGCCUGAAGGAAACGCUGCGCUGAACGCGCUCUUCCAGAAAAUAUACGGCGAAGGAUCAGACGAAGUGCGGAGGGCCAUGAAUAAGAGCUUUGUGGAGUCCGGAGGCACGGUGCUCAGUACGAACUGGGACCAGGUGGCCAAAGACAAGGUGGAGGUGAAACCGCCCGACGGACUGGAAUUCAAGAAGUGGGAUCAGUAGACAACACGUACAACCAGAGACAAAAUUAUAAUAUUAGGUCAUGUCAUUACCUAUGAAAUUGGCGUUUUAUAUGGAGAACUUUAACGAAAUUCGAUUUUUCAUACAAUGAAUUUUGCGGAUUAUUUUGUGAUGGCAUUUUCAAACCAAACAAAUUUUUGCCAGUAAUCUGAGACAUUUUUAAGGCACAUUUUCUAUCUCAUAUUUUUAGGGUUCCUUAGCCAAAUGGCAAAAAACGGAACCCUUAUAGAUUCGUCAUGUCUGUCUGUCCGAUUAUGUCACAGCCACUUUUUUCCGAAACUAUAAGAGCUAUACUAUUCAAACUUGGUAAGUAAAUGUAUUCUAUGAACCGCAUUAAGAUUUUUACACAAAAAAAAAAAAAAAAACAAUAAAUUUUGGGGGUUCCCCAUACUUAGAACUGAAACUAAAAAAAUCUCUUUUCAUCAAACCCAUACGUGUGGGGUAUCUAUGAAUAGGUCUUUAAAAAUGAUAUUGAGGUUUCUAAUAUCAUUUUUUUCUAAACUGAAUAGUUUGCGCGAGAGACACUUCCAAAGUGAAAAAAUGUCUAUCCCCCCCCCCCCCCCCCCUGUAACUUCUAAAAUAACAGAAUGAGAAAUCUAAAAAAAAUAUAUGAUAUACAUUACCAUGCAAACUUCCACCGAAAAUUGGUUUGAACGAGAUCUAGUAAGUAGUUUUUCUAAUACGUCAUAAAUGGUACGGAACCCUUCAUGGGCGAGUCCGACUCGCACUUGGCCGUUUUUUUUUCUUAAAUCUGUCCCUUCAGAAAAAUAUAAGCCAUUUCAAUACUCGAGCCGGCAGCACAUGAAAAGAGCUGUUUUCAGGGCGGUAUUCUGAAUACAUAAAACAAUAAAAGUAGCAAAUAAUUGUAUGUAAAAUCGUUGUUAUGUAACGCACUAAUGAAAUUAAAAAAUACUUCGAAGUUACUCUUAAAAUAAAUAAACUAUGACAUGACUAAUACUUAUGAACAAAAACGCCAAUUUCAUAGGUAAUGACCCAAUAUAAACUUAUUAAUUUUUCCUUAAAGUUGUACCUCCAACUUUUGUGUUAGAAUAGGGGGUAUUACUGCAAUGUUCUGCCGCCAGAGUGCAGCACUAACACCUAUCGCAAACCAUAGAGUAACUUAUACAUACUGUGUCUUAAACUGCUUUUUGACAAGUUUCCACAGAUAAUUAAAUAUGACAUUGAUGCAUUAAGGCUAAGUCCUACCGGGAAACACGAAGAUCGAAAUUUAGUUAUCUGCCUCUAUCGCUCGCAUAUGCAAGAGUGAUUAAGAGGGUAGAUAACGAAAUUUCGAUUUUUUUUGUUUCGCGUUAGACACUUAGAUCGUGAUGGAUUGUGGUAGUGGCGCCCCCUACGCAGAGUUUCGCAUAAUAUUCCCUAUUAAGAUGUCCUGUAUGUUGUAUGUUGGUUUGAUAUUUAGUGUGGGUCAAAUUUUGGAAGCUAAAUUUGACCCACUUCCCGAUUUCCGAUUGAACUGAAGUUUCGCAUAGGUACAUAAUGUAAAUCGGUUAACAAUAGCAAACGCAAAGUUGGUUGUGUUUUGAAAUUAAUUUUUUGCCAAAAACUUAUUAUUUAAAUAAUACCUACUCCGAAUCACGAGCUUUUUCUAUUGUUACUGAGAAACUAAACUAAAUUGUAUGAGAUCUUGUUUCUCGUAUUAUACAAGGCUCCAAACCGGUUUUUAAAAUACCGGUAUAUACCGGUUUAUAGAAUACCAGAAUAUACCUGUUUGUUUAAUACCGGUAUAUAGAAUACCAGAAUAUACCGGUUUAUAAAAUACCGGUAUAUACCGGUUUAUUUCGGUUUUCCUCCGAACUUUCAUGAGAACGCGAACGUUUUAAGAACUUUAUUAUAACCUUAAUCGGUUUAUUCGACGAACGACGAGACGGCAGACCGGCCUGAUGGUGUGCCGCGCAAAGAAAAACACCCACACACAAACAGGAAUAAAACGGUUUUUAUUGUUCUAAACCGGUUAAUCAAACAAGAACUUUAUGGGAAUGUUCUCCUAAAAACCGGUUUAAAAAUAACGAUUUUACGAUCGAAACCGAAAUUAAAAGGUUUUGCGCCAAGUACAUGAUGACGGUUCGGAAAUUUAACCGGUUUCCGAACCUUUAAUCGAAAGAACUCGUGGUUUGAGUGGAUAUAAUAUAAAAAAUCCAAAAUCUGAAAUGAAAGGGGUACAACUUUUGAUAGGGAGCGUGCAUAAACUGUAGGGGGCAGGACAGGAGACGUCAGCUUUUUGGCGUGAGAUGUAAAUACGACGAGCGAGUUAUGGUAGAACUGUUGCAAAAGUGUCCAGCUGUUAGCUAUAAAUAAUAGUCCCAAAUCUCUCUAGAGUAGCGCUAGAGCUAAGAACCUAGGCGCUAUUGACGGAGUGAAGUGCGCUGUCUAUGAUUUGAUUUUUUUGUUCAAGUAUUCUAGGUAUUGUAGCGCCACCUAUUUAAGGUUUUUUGAUGACACUUUUUGGUACAUAGAGAUUUAUUUCCUUACCUCCACCUUCCGUAUUUCCGAUCCAGGCCACAAGAUGGCGGACCCUCCAACGCGCACGGUCCCUUUAGAAGUGCCCAUAUUGCUUGAUGUUGGCUACCAUGUCAAACAUUGUUCGGCUAAAGAUUACCAGUACGCCGGACGAUAUCGGCCUGUCAGUUAUUCGCAAUAGCUUUUGCGAAUAACUGACAGGCCGAUAUCGUCCGGCGAACUGGUAAUCAGUGGUCCCCUUUAAACGCUUUAUGUCAUAAACACAAACUUCACUUAAACGCUAAGGUCAUGGCCGCAAGCGAGCUAAUGUAAGCCUUACUCGAAAGUGUGAAGGUUACUUUGACAGCGUCCGCCAUGACACCUAUAGUUGUCCUUGGCGCUGUUGGCGCGACUAGUAACGACGACUUUAAGUGUUCUUGGCGUUCAAAAGGUUAAGAGUUGCCAGUACAGAACCGCCAAAUUCACCGUUUCAUACUAUCGAAGUUACGGUCUUAUUUAACGACAUGCUGGAAUGAUAUGAAACUUGGCAUGAACAUUGAAGUAACAUAUAUCUAUGCCUGAAAUUCGUUUUCGUUGCUAGAAAUCACAAUACAAAUAAAAUAUAGCGAUUGUAAUUUUUAUAUGUUAAUCUUCUAAUCACUAAUUUUCUUUGUAUUACAAUUUCUUGCAUUGAAAAACUUGUCAAUAUUGUUCCCAAAGCAAGUUACCGAGAAUAACACAAGUACACAAGUUCGUUGACAUUUAUUAAACAAUUGACAGUGGUAAAGCCAUUAUUACCAUCAAAGAGAAUUUGACAUAGAGGUGUAUUGUCAAAGAAAACUUUGUAGCUACGUAAAUUUACGGCCAACUUUCGACACAUAAGAACGCCAUUUGACUUUGAUCCUUGUUCUUUCACUGAUAUGUGUUCAGUUUGUUAAAUAUCAAAAAGUGGCGCCAUCUUACCGGGCACUACCUAAAGGUUGUGGCGCCAUCGCUCGAAACGAUGCUGCCAUCUAUACCUUUGGCCUUUUGAUCUAUUAGAUGGCGCCACUUUUUGAUAUUUAACAAAUUGAACACAUCAGUGAAAGAAUAAGGAUCAAAGUCAAAUGGCGUUCUAAAAGUUUUAAUUAUGUGUCGAAAGAUGGCAGUUUUACGUGGCUACAAAGUUUUCUUUGAUAAUACACUUCUAUUUCAAAUUCUCUUUGGUAUCAUAACGUAUUUGAAAAGUGUGUUUCCUGAAGAGAGCUUCCAUGCUGUAAAUUUCUAGCAGAAAAACUUGUUAUGAAGGAACAAGUAUCAUUUUUAUUUCAGUGUCGUUUUGAAUGGUAGCGUGACGUCAGUUGUAUGGAGGGGAUUGCCAAAUGUGACCAACUGUGACAAGAAAGGGUGAGGAGGGGUCAAAAAAAAAACUUAAAAAAUUGUGUGAUGUAAUUAAUGGAUGACCCCUAAGCAUUUUUUUUACUAUUAAGUGAAUUUAUUGUACUCAAUGGAGAGAAUGAAGAUUGAAAAUGUUAA